AUGCUACAAGACAUUCUACAGAUUCUGGGUCUUCAAAUAAAUUACGAGAAGUCCGUUCUGGUCCCACAACAAUGUAUAACCUUUCUCGGCAUUAUUUGGGAUCCCUGGAUAAAUCGCAAGUCCCUGCCAGCGGUGAAGUCUGCUGUUAUUGUAAACAAAGUCUCUCGACUCAUACAAAGCAACAAAUCCUCGCUAAAGGAACUCCAGAGCCUAGUAGGUCUUUUAAAUUUUGCCAGCUUUGCUGUGCCUCGAGGCAGGUUGAACCAUCGAGCGACCCUUUCUUAUCUAAACACGCUACCAAAGUCCACAACCUCAACCAAAUACGGUCUACCCUCAGAGGCUAUAAAGGAAUUGCAUUGGUGGCUGGACAAUUGUCAUCUUUCAACAGUAAUACAUGUACCACCACCCUCUCAUUUCCUAACUACCGAUGCAUCGGAUGUAGCGUGGGGAGCUCUGCUCGACGACCAUUAUCUGUCAGGAACUUGGAGCAAGGAGGAGAAAUCCUUACACUGCAACAUGAAGGAACUGCUUACGAUAUUGAAAGUUCUAGAAGUGCAUGCGCCAAGUAUAGCUCACGGCUCAUUGCUGAUCCAAUCAGACAAUCGUUCAGCGAUAGCUUAUCUCCGCAACGAAGGGGGCGUGAAAUCUCCAUCUCUCACAACUCUGACACAUCAAAUAUUUUAUGUCCUGGACCAGUAUCAGAUUCACUACCGAAUUUACCAUAUUCCCGGCAAAUUCAACAGUCAUGCAGAUUGCCUGUCCAGACUUCGUCAGCCUCCGGAGUGGCACCUUCUCCCAAACUGCACCGAAAUGAUUUUUCUGAAGAUGGGAACUCCCGUGAUCGACCUGUUUGCGUCCAAAACAGCACGAGUGGUAGCCAAUUACGUAACCCUAGAUCUCAGCGAUCACCAAGCGUUGAGUCACGAUGCGUUCAGCUUUCCUUGGAAUUUCCCACUAGCAUGGGUGUUUCCUCCGCCCUUCCUGAUUCCUCGAGUCUUGAUGCACUUAAAUCAGGCCACAGGAAUUUAUCUGAUGGUAGUGCCGCGCUGGAAAAAGGUUUUCUGGAGAGCGGAUCUCAAAUUCCGGGCCAUCGCAGUCCCGUUUACACUGACGAAUUUAAGACGGUUCCUAGUCGACACGAGGACCGGGCUGCCACCUCCGAAAGUACAGGACAUGGUUCUGGAGGUAUGGAAGUGUGGGGGUGGUCAGAGACAAUAA